GCGGCGCCGACCUGUCGCAAAGGCCGCUUCCUCGCGGCGAAUGAGAGAGUCGCUUUUCGUGCGCUGCGGCGGCGGCCGGGUCUUCCUGCUCCCGCCGCGCUGCCGGAGGCCCGACGGUAGCCAUCUGCGCCGCAGUCGCCCGGUGCCCCCUCCGCGAUGCCCCCCAAGAAACAGGCUCAGGCCGGGGGUAGCAAGAAGGCGGAGCAGAAGAAGAAGGAGAAGAUCAUCGAGGACAAAACUUUCGGUCUAAAGAAUAAGAAGGGAGCAAAGCAACAGAAGUUUAUUAAAGCUGUUACUCAUCAAGUUAAGUUUGGUCAACAAAAUCCACGCCAGGUAGCACAAAGUGAAGCUGAAAAGAAGUUGAAGAAAGAUGACAAGAAGAAAGAAUUGCAGGAACUGAACGAGCUAUUCAAACCUGUAGUUGCUGCACAAAAAAUAAGUAAAGGUGCAGAUCCCAAAUCUGUGGUAUGUGCAUUCUUCAAGCAAGGACAAUGUACUAAAGGAGAUAAAUGUAAGUUCUCUCAUGACCUGACUUUGGAGAGAAAAUGUGAAAAACGAAGUGUUUACAUUGAUGCAAGAGAUGAAGAGCUUGAGAAGGAUACUAUGGAUAAUUGGGAUGAGAAAAAGCUGGAAGAAGUAGUGAACAAGAAGCACGGUGAGGCGGAAAAGAAAAAACCAAAAACUCAAAUAGUAUGCAAACAUUUCCUUGAAGCUAUUGAAAAUAACAAGUAUGGCUGGUUUUGGGUGUGCCCUGGAGGGGGCGACAAUUGCAUGUAUCGCCAUGCACUUCCUCCUGGAUUUGUGCUGAAAAAAGACAAAAAGAAAGAAGAAAAAGAGGAUGAAAUUUCAUUAGAAGAUCUAAUUGAAAGAGAGCGUUCUGCCUUAGGUUCAAAUGUUACUAAAAUCACCCUAGAAUCUUUUCUUGCAUGGAAGAAAAGAAAAAGACAAGAAAAGAUUGACAAACUUGAACAAGAUAUGGAAAGAAGGAAAGCUGACUUCAAAGCAGGGAAAGCCCUGGUGAUCAGUGGUCGUGAGGUGUUUGAAUUCCGUCCUGAACUGGUCAAUGAUGAUGAUGAGGAAGCAGAUGAUACCCGUUACAUUCAGGGAGCAGGUGGUGAUGAGGUUGAUGAUUCUGUGGGUAUAAAUGACAUAGAUUUAAGCUUGUACAUCCCAAGAGAUGUGGAAGAGACGGGUAUUACUGUAGCCAGUCUUGAAAGAUUCAGUACAUAUGCUUCAGAUAAAGAUGAAAACAAAUUAAGUGAAGCUUCUGGAGGUCAGGCCGAAAAUGGUGAAAGAAGUGAUUUGGAAGAGGAAAAUGGAGGUGGGGGGCAGGAAAAUGGGUCCAUCGAUGCUGUUCCUGUUGAUGAAAAUCUGUUUACUGGGGAAGAUCUGGAUGAACUAGAAGAAGAAUUAAACACACUUGAUUUAGAAGAAUGACACCAAGUACAUCAGAGAAACUCAUGUGUUGAAACUGACUAAUGAUUUUUCCACCUAGCAUCACCAGGAUGUUUGUUUUCGUGCUGAUUCUGGAGGGAUUACUCUCCUCCAAAACAGAAAUAUUCUCCCCACGUCUUCUCUUCUGACUUUGAUUACAUCUCAGUAAGUUCAGAGUAGUUCAUGAUCAGUUAAAAGUGGUCAUUUCAGAAAAUGAUUGAUGUUGUGACUGUUCACUCAAGUAGGAAAUAUAACUGCUUUUCCAGCUUUUCAUUCUCAUUGGGCAUGUGUUACUACCAGGAACAACAAAUUCAUAUUAUCAUUUGAUGCAGUUUUGAGUGAUUUCCUUUGUAUUUAUGUUUUAAAGACUGCCUAAAGGUGAGCACUGUACUUGAUAAAUGAAACUGCAUAUGCAGAUCCAGUAUUGUAUAUCUUUCGACAAUUAGAUGGAUACUGAAAAUGAGACUUCGUUAAUCUGACAGGAUCAGCUACAAUGCCCUGUAUUAAUUAAGCUGUUUAAAAGUUCUCCCUUUUUUUGCCAAUAAAGUUGUAAAUAAAGUCCAUCAUACAUUAAAAUCCAA